UGUAUGGCGGCGGCAAGAUCAGUUCGUACAUUAGUCCCAGGGGAAUCAAGAGACUGAUUGUUUGUGGUUACGUGAAGUCACAACACCGCCUGGAAGAGUGUGUGGUUUUUCACAGUUGAUAACAAGUAACCCUCAGUCAAUAAUGGAUGAAAGGCAUUGGUGGAUAGCAGGGAAAAUUCAAGAGAGUUUCCAUGUUGGAGGAGAAGCCAAUCCAGCUUUAUUGGAAGAAUUUAUGACAGAUGAGUCAAAUAGUGCAAAAUUAGACGAGUUCUUUAAAGCAGGGGGGCCUUGCCGGCUGUUUAUUUACUGUGAAAAACCAGAAUAUGGCAAUGUCAGUGUAUCUCAGUUACAUGUUACAGGAACACUGGCCUCCCUGAAAGAUGUAAGCUUGGAAAAUCUGUCAAUUUUGUACUUUUUACGCAAUCGAAUUGAGAAAGAUGUCGACCCAAGCAGGAUGGAAAGAGACGUUUUCUGUGGGGUUCUCAAGCACAAUGCCAUUGACAGUCUUACGAACUUGUUGUCAGAGAUAUACAUACCUCUAAUCAAGGCUCAAAAGGACUGGGGACUGAGUCAGGGGGACGAUGGUUCACACAACACAUUGACAAACAGUCUGGAUAGGUUUAUGACAGCUUUGGUUGAGUCAUCAACGUCAGUCCACACAUCGAAACAAUUGGUGUUGAAGCAGCCAGAAAAUGUGAUUGUCAAUGACUUCAAGCAGCAAAGAGCUGCUGUGCUGGAUCCUCAGUUGAUAGGAGAGUAUGAAGAUUUAGUGGCCAGCUGGAUAAAUACCAUUGAAGGUAUUCUGUUGGAAGAGGCUGAUGAUAGGUUUAUUGAUCACAAUGCUGGACCACUCUCUGAACUGGACAGAUGGAGGCGGCGUCAGCGGUUACUUACCAGCAUAACAGAACAGCUGAAAAGUAAAGAGUGCAAGGCUGUUAUCAGCACAUUGAUAACAGCCAAAUCUCGACUGCUCAAGAAAUGGAAGAUUAUUGAUGCUGGAAUCACUGAUGCAAUGAAUGAAACCAAAGACAAAGUGAAGUAUCUGGAGUCUCUGCGUCGGUACUUAAUCCAGCUGUACCAAAAUGCCAGUCCAUCUCAAAUUAUCAAUACAGCUAUUCCAGGACUGAUAACAUGUGUGAAGCAGAUGGACUCAAUCUCCAGGUUUUAUAACAGGACUGGAUUUCUUGGCUUGUUGUUUACUAAGGUGACAAACCAGCUGGUAAUUGCUUGUAAGGAGUACAUCAAAUCUGACACCUCAUCACGUGAUGGGAAUGAUGUUCUUUGGGAAAAGGUUGCCAAUGAGAUCAAAGAAAGAGAGGAUGCCACAAUAACAGAUUCACAACCAAGGCAUUUUAGGAAUCAAGUGGAAUCAAGAUUAAAGCCUGGAGCUCCUAGGAGUAAUAAAAGCAAAGAAAGUCGAGACGAUAGUUUGUCUGAUGACAGUUUGUUUGGAAAGCUGAAGGCCUGUCUAUCUCUCCAGUCCACCUACAGAGAUGCUCUGCGUUCUUUGAGGGACUCACUUGGAACAGCUCCCAAUCUAUCCCACUUCCCGUCCUUCAGUAGCUUUGGGGAUAAAGGACUGGGUGGGAACGUCACUAACAGGUCUCGCCCAGAGAGAGCUGGUAGCAUUCAGAAUCGCAUGACUGGUGGCAAUCUCCCAUCCAAGAAAGGCUCUUCUGCAUUUGGAGAUAUAUUAGGUCAUGGAGUAUCCAUGGCAGAUGAAGAAGCCGUCAUGGGACACAUGGACACCUUCUGCAACCGUAUUCACCAGUUCAUUGAAGUCAUCAAUACAAUGUCACAGUAUAGCAGAAUGAUGACAACUGCCAAUGGUAUGGCUCGGCCAAGAGAGGAAGAUCUCAUAAUAGAUAAUAGCCAUGAUGAAAAAGAUGGACAUUUGUAUAAGCAGAGGAAGUGUGACUUUGACUUUUCAGACAAUGACAGCUCUACACCAGACAGAACUGACGGCAGAAUGCUGCCACAGGUGACAUCUGAGCUGAAAAACCUAGGCUCAAUAUCAGAGAAUGAAGAGAAAACCAGUCACCGAAACAGUGGAGGGCGAGAGUCUGACCAGAUGGGGGAUGAGGUGUUUACUGUGAGAGGAGGGCUUAAUGCUGAAGAACUGGACAUACUUAGACAGUAUUAUCCUUCGGGUGAAGAGGAGGAUGGCCCCAGUGUGUGCUCGGUUAUUGCAAAGAACUUACAGAGGAUGGGACAGUGUAUGGCCCAGAUCUCCACAAAAACUAUGCUUGAUGUGGAGUCAAAGGACAAAGUUUUGUUUGAUGAAUACUAUAUGGACUUUCAAGCAAUUGUGGGAGACCUUGAGAAAUUUCUGGCUGCCUAUUUACAUGCUCUGUUCACACGAAAAAUGAAAACACACGAGGGUUUGGAUGUGAUCACAAGAUUUUCUCCAAUCCAAAACCGUUCAGGCAUUAGAGUGGCAAUUUCUGAAAAAUUUGUCCAGCUAUUCAGUUGGUAUGAGAAAGACCUGGAGGAGGUGCAAAGGAUCUAUGAGAAAUAUAAGGAUGAGCCUCAAACAGUUAGGAAUGCUCCUCCAGUGGCAGGAGCCAUUCACUGGUCACGGCAGCUCCUCAAGAAGAUAGAGGACCCAAUGAAGGUGUUUCGUGACAACAAGGCUGUCAACCACUCUGUAGAGUUUGCUCGUCUUGUACGCCGGUACAACAGACUGGCAACUGCCCUGGUCACCUUCGAGAGCCUUUGGUUCACCCAGUGGAAAGGGCAGAUUGAGCAAGCCAAGAGUGGCAUGAAGGCCACAUUACUUGUGAGGCAUCCAGUGACUGGAGAGAUGACUGUCAAUGCUGAUGAUAAAGUGUUGGAGCUUAUCCAUGAAGCCAAAUGGCUGGGCCGCCUUGGAAUACAGCUGCCAGAGUCAGCCAGCUCUAUGAUCCAGCUGGAGUCUCGCUUUAAGAGCUACAAGGCCCACCUGGAACUCUGUCUGCAGCAGUACAAGGCAGUGUCAGACUCCAUACCAGAGGCCCUCAAACCACUGUUUGCUUCUCACCUGAGGAAUGUGCAACAACAACUACAGCCAGGUCUUAACACUCUCUUUUGGAGCAGCAUGAAUAUAGAUGCCUUUCUCCACCAAGUUCAUGCUGCUACUUUGAAGUUAACACAACUCAGCCAGCAGGUCAACACUGUCCUGAAGACCAAGGUCAAUGACGUUAUAGAGAAGAUCAGACAGUUCACUCUGUUUGACCAUGAAGAUGCUGUCUCCAGGUCUUGGCCACCACACCUCUUCAAGAAGACAAUGGUUGAGAGGGUUGAGGAGAGAAGUAGACAGCUGGCUGAGUGGGUGAAGACCAUUGAAACUGGUUUACAGGAUGUGGCUUGUAUGUUGGCAGUAAGAAAGAGAGGCAAAGACAAACGGAGGAGUACAGGACACAAUUUGGCCCGUGUCCUAAAAAACCUAGUAAAGUCCAAGGAGGAAGAGAAAGAAAAAACGUUAACAGAACUUAAUCCACUUUCAUCAGCUUUGAGGAAAUCAAGAAACUCUUCUCCCGAUCCGAAUAAACAGAAGAAACUGACAUUUGACACAGCCGAGACUGAGACCACAUCCCUGACAAAUGAAGAGAAGAUAUUCGCAGCAUUUAUAGAACAUUACAAAUCACUUGUCUCUGAUGCCAUUGUCCUGGCCACUGGCAGUUCCCUGCUGUGCCUGGCUGAAACUUCAGGCUGUACUGGGGAGCUGGUCAGAGUUACCAGCGCCUUAUUCAGGGGUACAUCUGACCUCAGCAGUGGUAGCGUCCUCUCUGGGGCCCACAGUCGGGUGACUUCAGCCAGCUCGUUUGAUGAUAGACCCUCCACCAGCCUCUCCCUCACAUCAAACAUCACCUGGUCAGCCGAGGAUACAGCUAGUCCAGCACUUCUCCAAUUUGAGCUUCUGGUCAGAUUUAAUAUUCCCAAGACAACGAUAGAUCCCACAGUGGAAGCCGUUCAGAGUGCUCUCAUCUCUGUUGCUGAAGCCAUCCAGCUUGGUUGUAGAAGCAUCAGUUGGCUGGGUCAACCCGAAGUGUUUUAUCAGCAAGUAAUAGAGGAUGAGACUCUCAAGACCUUCAGGACCAAAUUUCCACAGUCACUAAUGGUUUGGCGCCCACACUCAGAAAACCUAUUUCACUUCAGCUGUUAUGAUUUUCUCUGGAAAGAUGACUUGCAUGGAAACUUUGCAGAGUUCAUAGAGUCUGAUCCAGGAAGUGCUCUGCAGCGAGAAGUUGAGCGAAUGUGGGUGGAGAAGAAAGUAUUGGCUAUCCCAGAGGUGUUACCCGUGGGCCCAGUCUGUCACACAAACCCCAUCAAAGACGCCUUGCAUGGCUUUGCAACAUGGAAAACACAGUUUGCUUCAGUACUCCAUGAAGAUGCAAAGAAAAAACUGGAUGAGGUUGUGUCGUAUCGGUCCAACGUGCAGGCCCGGCUUGAGAUGCCUGUACAAACCCUAGAUCAGCUCAACAGUGCUCUCCAUCUGCUGGAGGAACUGAGGGAUAUGGAGAACAAGAUAGACUCCAUCUACCUGCCCAUAGAGUCCAUGUAUGACAGGCUAAGGGAGUUUGAGUUACGCUUACCGCGUAGCGAGGUGGAGGAGGUGGAUCAGCUGAGGGAGAGGUGGCAGCAACUCAUGGACCUUGCUGAUCAGGUCAGGAUGAUACUGCUGAAAGAGAGGAGAGGGGCAUUUGGCCAAGAGCUCGACAAACAAGUCAAGACUUUUGUGGUAGAGGUGAUACAGUUCAGGAAUUCCUUUGACGGCCAGGGUCCGGCAGUACCUGGUAUUCCCCCAUCAGAAGCUGUGUCUCGGCUCUAUGACCUUUGAACAUCGCUAUGCCCAGUACGAUACCAACGUAAAACCCUUGAUUCUGUCUCCAAGGUGUUUGGUAUUGUGUGUAAACCAUUCCCUGAGCUGGACAGGACUGGGGAGGAACUUGAACUGCUUAGUCAGCUGUAUGGAUUGUUCCAGAAAUUUAUCAGAUUUGAUACACAAUUCAGAGAUACCCUCUGGUCUGAAGUCAACCUAGAUAACUCAUCAAGAGAGGUGGAGAUGCACUGGGAUGAAUGUUUAGCUCUGCCCAGUAAGCUGAAGGACUGGGAUGCCUAUAAUGACCUGAAAACAUCACUGGAAGAGUACUUGGCUGUCUUCCCUCUAUUACAGAGUCUGGCUGCAAAUGAAAUUCGAAACCGCCAUUGGCUACAGGUUAUGCAUGUCACAGGAAGCUCCUUUCAGCUGGAGGCCAAUGUCUUCAAACUUUCACAUCUCCUGGAUAUUGGACUUAUUGAGCAUCAAGCAGGUAUCACUGAGAUAUGCUGUGGUGCAAGCCGAGAGCUAGAGCUGGAGAUCAAGAUGAGGCUGACGGAGGAGGAGUGGACAGAACAAGUGCUCAGCUUUGAGAACUUCAAGAAACGUGGUCCCAUGUACCUGGACAAAGCCUUCACGCAGAGACUGCUGGAGCAGCUGGAGGAUGCUCAGGCCCUGCUGGCUAACAUGUUGACGUCACGCUACAUCGGGCCGCUACGGGAUGAAGCUGCGUCAUGGGCACAGAAGCUGAAGGAGGUGGCUGAGGUGCUGGAACUGUGGCUAGAGGUGCAGGAUCUCUGGCAAUACUUGGAGGCUGUAUUCUCUAACAGCACCACAGCUAAGGAAUUACCACAGGAGGCCAAGAGAUUUGCUCAGAUAGAUAAAGGCUGGACAAAGAUGAUGAAGAGGGCUUUUGAAACAAGAAAUGUGCUUCAGUGCUGCUAUGGUGGAGAGGUUCCCAAGGGGGUGAUGCUGAGACAUAUCUAUGAGGAGCUUGAGAUUUGCUUCAGAUCAUUGGUUGGUUACCUGAACAACAAGAGGAAAGCCUUCCCCAGGUUUUACUUUGUCUCUGAUCCCAUCCUGUUAGCCAUACUUAGUCGACCCAACGAUCUGGACUCAGUACGACCUCAGCUCAAGUCUCUCUUUAGUGGUAUCUCUGAUGUAAAACUGGAAAAGGUAGAAGGUCAUGGUAACAGUGUGUACUCCAGUACAGAUGAGAUGAGCCGCUCUGGUAUCCGAGGCUCCAUAGAUCACCACCGCGAGAGGGGUGGCGAGAGACCACCAUCCACCAUCACCUCCUUGAUUAACACAGAAACCCCUCCCAAGAUAGACAAGCGACUCACUCACGUCUAUGGUAAAAAGCAAGUGCGUGAUGGACAAUUCAGUCUGUCACCAAUUCAUCAGAAAUGGUUAAAAGCUGUAGCCAGAACUGAUGAAAUAAUUCGGAACACCAACCCCUCUCUCUUGAGCCACCAUGUGUACCUGCCAUCAGAGGUUAUGAUUGAAGAGAGACAGCUCAUUGAAGCAGUCUCAGUAACCAGUUCUGAGGGCGAGUUCAUUACACUUGAUGAGAAGGUGACUUUGUCUAAAGCUGUGGAAGUGUGGCUGGAGCAGCUUAAGAACACUGUGUCACGCUCACUAAAAGCCCAGGUGAUAGGAAUUCUCCAGGAUAUCGACAAUGCAAUUCCCAUAGAGGAAUGGCCAAACAAGUAUUCCACACAAGUGUGCAGGGCUGGUAUGCUGUACUACUGGACCAGGGAGUGUGAGCAGGGUAUCUCUGACAUCCGCUACGAUAGGAGAGCCUUACAAAGUACGCUAAGGAAGUACGGUGUCACCAUGUCCAAGCUGUGCAUGGUGCUUGCAAAGGGAGGGUGGAAGGCAGCGGAUGACAACAAUGUAAUGAUACAACGGAUACGCCUGGAGAGCAUGAUCAGUCAAUCCUUGUACUUGAAAGACAUGCUGGAAACUAUGUGCAACAGGAAACUGCGUGAAGUGACCGACUUUGAUUGGAGAAGAUGCAUCAGAAUGUACAACAGACAAGAAGAAGAAAAACCAGAGCCGAAGAUCUACAUACUGGAUGAUGGAUACUCCUAUGGCAAUGAGUUUUAUGGUGCUUUUGGUGGUGUGAGUCUUACACCUCUGACAGAGAAAUGCUUCCUGUCCAUGUCUCACACUAUACAACAAAGUAAAGGCUCUGCUCUGAUGGGACCAACAUGCUCUGGAAAGACAGAAACAACCAGGGGUUUGGCAUUCUUGCUUGGCAAGUUCCUUGGAUUAUUCCAGUGUUCUCCUUCCAGUCAUCCAGGAAGUUUAGGAAAAAUUUUGCAAGGCUUGGCAUCGGAUGGCUGCUGGGGCUGUCUAGAUGAUAUACAAGGCCUGAGUCGAGAAGCCUUCUCUGUUGUACUGGACUUUACUCAAGCUAUACUGUCAGCCCUGAAAGCCAAGCUGACAUCUGCGACACUGGGUGAUGGCCAAGAGGUUCCAGUAAAGGUGGAUACUGGCAUCUUCCUGACCAUUAACAAUUCAGUGUCAGAGUCCUACAAGUCGUUACCCACAGAUCUGAGGAGUUUGUUCCGUACAGUUUCUCUGAUCAAGCCUGACAUGGGCCAUGUCCUCCGGGCAAAGUGUGCAGUGUUUGGCUUCAAGGCACCUCAUAUAUUGGGUACCAGACUCAAUGUUCUUAUCGAUCAAGUCCGUGAUCAGCUGUCUCCAUCUGUACAUCACAACUUCACCUUGACGGUGAUGACUGGUGUGCUGGUCAGGGCCUGUCAGAAGAGGAAGUAUGUGAGAGAGGAAAAGACACAGGAAAAAACAGAGAAGCAGGAUAGCUCUAGGUCAAACAGCCAGGCCUCCGAGGCCAACCCAGGCGGCAUGCUUAGUGUCCGGCCCACCAUCCAGUCCCAGCCUAGCAGUGUAGGCCUUGGCACAGUUGUUGGCAUGAAGAUGGGUCCAGGUAAGAAGAACAGUGGUUCCCAGGGCCUGACUCCAGCAGGGAAGGUUGAACAUGCUAUAGUGGCUCAGGCAGUGGAGGAGAUCAUUGGACCCAGACUGGACAUGGAGAGUAUGGUGACAUUCAAGUCAAUCGUGAAGGACGUGUUUGCAGGCUUGCCUGAACCCCCAGCUGCCUCCAGGGCUAUGUCAGGAAUAGCUAGGACAGUGGACAUAGACCAGGCUCUGGAACAGAAGGCCACAGACAGCGGCUUGGUCCCUCACAAAGCCUGGCUUAACAAGUGUCUACAACUCUUCACAGUUUCCCAAGUCCAUAAUGGAACAAUAGUAGCAGGUCCACCUGGUAGUGGCAAGUCCAGCUGUAUAGAGGUUCUGGUCGAAGCCCUCAGUCUGUCCCCUAGGGAGAAGUCCAGUAAAUCCCGUGUCAGUCGGCAUUCCACAGUGCCCCUGGAAUCCAACCACAAACUCCAGCGAAUCAACCCUGUGGUUGUGGAUGAUGACUCCCUCAUGUUCGGAUACAUCAAUCAAAACCAAGACUUUGUUGAUGGAAUAUUUACAACCACAUUUAGAAAGGCCAACAGAAACCAAAGCACAACAUGGCUAUGUAUGGAUGGACCAUUAAAUGCCUCCUGGGCCGAUAAUUUCAACAGCUUGUUGGACUCUGAGCGGGUCCUGCACUUGAGGAAUGGGGACAAGAUCGUCAUGUCUGACAAAGUAAAGCUCCUGUUUGAGACAGAUGACCUGACCACAGCCUCACCGGCUACAGUCUCCAGAGCAGGAAUUGUUUACGUGGAUAAGAAUGUUCUUGGUUGGAAGCCAAUUGUCAAAGCAUGGCUCAAUUGUAGGUCUGCUGCGGAGAAUCAUCCUUGGAAUGUGGAUGUAUUUGGCACUGAUGGGGUUCUCCAGAGAUCUUUUAACAAGACCAUGGAUCCAGUCUCAACCUAUGUUCUCCAAGAAUCGAAGCUGAAAUUGAAAAUGUCAGAGGUUGGUAUGCUAAAGACUUGCCUAAACCUGCUGUCGUCCAUGCUGGCUGACAACAUUGAGAUUGGAGGAGAACUGCAUAUUGAGAGGCUCUACCUCUUCUGUUUGAUCUGGACAUUUGGUGGACUUUUGGACAAAAGUGACCGCAAAGGCUUCAGUGACCUGCUUAAGACACUAUCAUCUGCUUUACCCGAUGAUGACAGAGAUAUCUGUGUAUUUGAUUACUAUGUGGAUGAAUCAGGAGAGUGGGAUCCAUGGCACUCCAGGGUUCCAGAGUCUCCAUUACAGGACAGUUUAAACAUACUUGGGGAGUGUGUGGUUGACACCGUUGAGACAAUUCGCACUCGGGUUCUAAUGGAACUGGCCACAGCUGCUGAUCAGAAUGUGAUGUUAGCUGGACCUCCUGGCUCUGGCAAAACAUUUCUCAUCAAUGACUUCCUUCAUGUCCAUGAUCCUCAGCAGUAUGUGAUAAAACGACUGGUCUUCUCUGGCUCCUCCUCUUCCAAACAGCUACAACAGUUCAUUGAAGCUAAUGUUUACCAUAGACAAGGAUUUGUGUAUGGAGCGAAAGAGAAGAAGAAGUUACAAGUGUUCAUUGAUGACUUGAACCUGCCCAGAACAGAUGACUCUGGUGUUCAAAGCUGCAACGAGUUCUUGAGGCAGUUGUUGGAUGCUAAGGUGAUGUGUACUGGUGAGCGGCCAUUUGAGUGGAAGACUGUGGAGGGAUUGUCUGUCAUAUCUGGCAUGUCUCACAGUGAACACUGCAGUGUGGAGAACAGAAACAUCUCGGCCAGGCUUCUGCGUCACUUUGCAGUAUUUUGGCUGCCAGCCGCAGAAGGUGAAGCUUUGAAAUCGGUUGUGUAUGGAGUUCUAGAGGCUAACAUGACCCAGGGUGACAAACCGUCUUUAGAACUGGAGCUUCAGAACGCCCUGGUGGAGGUGUCCUGUAAACUUUUAACAACUGUUCAGUCAGUCCUCACCCCGACCCCCAUGCCAGGACGAUUCCACUACCUGUUCUCACUCAGGGAGCUCGUCAAGUGCUUCCAGUGCCUGAAACGCUUGCCAGAUGAGAGUCGUGCUGAUGAGGUCAUGGUGGUGUCGCUAUGGAAACACGAAAUAGAGCGAAUCAUGAGAGACAGAAUCUCCAGGUUUGCAGAUGCCAACUGGUUCGACACAACCAUGUCUGCCCUGAUUUCAGAGGCUUGGCCCCAUUUGGAAAAACUUCACAACCAUUUUGUAACAUUUCCAACUGAUGCCCGUCUCUACAACAGACCAGUAGCAUCUGUAGGGAAACAAGUGAAGGUUGUGUUACAGCCUGUGGAGAGCCUGAAGGAUGUCCAUGCCUGUCUGAGUGCCCACCUGAACCAUUACAAUGAAGAGUUUGGAAACAUCACUCUUAACAUCCUCCUGUCAGACUUUGUCAUCUCGCACAUUGUCAGGAUGCAUCGUGUUCUCAGCUUCCACAAUGGUGGUAACAUGCUGCUGAUUGGAAGUAUAGGGUCUCACCUCUCCACCCUGUGUCGUCUAGCCUUACAUGUGGCAGAUGUUGGCAUUCAUCAUGUCGAUUCAUCGAAACAGAACACAUUUUUCGAUGGGCUAAGAUCAGCAAUAAGACUUAGUGGAUCUGAAGGGAAGAUUCUUACCAUGAUGUUCACAGCCCGUGAUCUGAAUGAUCCGGUGUACCUGGACGCUAUUAACAGUAUCCUGAUCAGUGGAGAAUACCCUCACCUGUUCUCUAAUGAUGAGAUGGAAGGGCUGCUACUGGCCUUGACCCCUCAGCUGAAGAGAGAGCAUCCCAACAUGCUGACAGACCCCAUGAAGUUUUUCGUAUCCAGGGUGAAGAUGAAUCUUCAUAUCCUCAUCUGUCUUCCACCUGACCACUAUCUUCUCGAGAUGGCAUCUAGUCACUUCCCUGGGCUACUCAGUGCCUGUCAGAUCAACUGGCUGUGUGACUGGCCUCAGGAAUCUCUGCUAGGAGAGGCCUCGUACUACAUCAGCAAACACUUGGGCACAGACCAAUUUCUACAAUUUGGAGAGAAUGUGAUGACCUGCUUGGCCAACAUCCAUAGUUUUGCCUUACGGGACUGUAAACAGCUGACAAUGGCUGGUGAUCUCAGUGCUGAGAUUCCUGUCAACCAGGUCAGGGUCAGUGAGAAGAAGAAAGACCAGCUGAAACUGCAGAGUGUCAUGGUACCUAACUUGCCGUACUCAAAAGUCAUCUUGCAGGAGAAUAUCAAGUUUCGACACAAAGGUCUGAGCCAGCCUUCAAAGAAUGAUACAUUUGUGGGCCCUACAACUUAUGCCAGGUUUAUGGACUGCUUCAAGAGUCUCUAUACAAUGAAGGCUGAAGAGAGGACAGAAAAGGUUGAGCGGCUAAAGAAAGUUUUAGCCACACUUGACCAGACAAGAAAUGAUGUCAAAGUUAUGAAAAAGGCUAUCAAAAGCAUCACAUCAAAGUAUGAGGAAUCCAAAGUGGAGACAGCUCAGCUGCAACAGCUGACCGAGAAGGCCACAAAGCUGGAGAAACUGAAAGCGAAAGUAGGAUUGAGUUCCUCUCUGGAUGCUUAUCUUCAUCUCAAUGAAUUGGAGUCAGAUGAAGAUGAAGAGGAUGAAUUGCUUAAAACUGAUGAAUAUGACGACUAUGACAAAGAGUUUGAUCGUCUGAGAGAAGCCAAUCUUAAAACCCGUCAAGUUCAGGCUAAAGAGGACCUGAAGAUAACACAGAAGGUUGUAGAUGACAGCAGAAAGACACUAGAAUACGCUAAAGAACAGGUGAUUUACUGGAAGGGCCGGGUUGACCGUCAGUGUAUAGAGAGACUGAAGGCUUUCUCCAACCCUCCCACUACUGUGGGCCAGGUGAUGGAGAUGGUAAUGACGUUGAUUGGUAAACGCCUACCAUUCCACCGCUCUGAUAAAGAGAGUACCAAAGAUGAUGUGUCAAGUCGCAUGUCUACCAGCUCAAGUGGAACGAAAGUCAGCAAGAAAGGUAAAACCAAGGAGCCUUCAGAGAGAGUGGAUCGUUCCCAUUGGAAGGCCAUGCAGAACUCCAUGAAUGAUGUGCUCAAGUUUGUGGAUAUGUUACACAAUGUCCCCUGGGAGGAUGGCCUCAAAGAUGACGUCUUGCAUGCUGUGGAGAGUUACCUUGGUGUUGGUAGAGAUGGCACUGGCGUAACAGGGGAAGGAACUUUGCUGGAAAAUGCUGCAGAGGUGCACUUCCCUGCUCAUCGCCGGUCGCCUUCCCCUGAGAGAGGGGGAAUCACCAUAGCAUCUGCCCGCUACUCUAGCGAGGACUGUGCUACACUGGUACAGUACACCAUCGCCAUCGUGGAGUAUACCCACCGCUGUGGCCCCCUCAAGGCAGCUCUGGAGAAGCUACAUGAACUUGAGAGGGAAAUUGAGGAGAAUGAACGACUGCAGAGGGAAAAAGAAAACACGGAACGGGAAGCAAAGGAGCAGGAGGAAAACCAGCCUGAGGAAGAGGAAGAAGAGGAAGAUUACACAGAGGCUGACCUGCCCCGGGUCCGCGAUGAGGUCUACGCCCAACAGCAGCUCUUUGACAAGGCUGUCGUCAAGAAACACUCCUUCGAGAUUGAGCUCAAGUCCAUGAACGAAAGGCUCAAGGCUGCCACUGAAAUGGUGGAUAGUCUGAAGAGCCAGGAGAAGCAUUGGAGAGAGUUUGUGAAGGAGAAUGAAGGCAAUGAGUUACUGUUAGCUAACUGUAUGACUGCAGCUGCUUAUUUCACCUACAGUGGCCCUGGCUCAACAGAUACCAGAAAGAGAAUGGGAGAGUUUUUUAUGCAAGUUUGUGAACACCAUGGCCUGCCCCUCCAUAAGAAACAGCUGUUCAGGAACAUAGAACUGUUUGACUUCCUUUACUCAAAGAUAGAGGUAAUGCAGCUGAGGUUACUAGACCUGCCCAGCACUCACCUGAUGCUGGAGAAUUCCUGCUUCCUGAUGCAGGAACACACCAUGACAGCCUGGCCCCUCAUCUGUGACCCAACCAGUAGAGUCAUUGACUGGCUCAAGAAAUUCAACAAGGACAAGGGCAUUGUAGAAGUCAAAUAUCAUGAAAUGAGGCAUCAGCUAGAGAGUUCUCUAUCAGAUGGCUGCCCUUUACUGGUCACUGACUGUGAUGUCCAGGCUUUGUCCAGGGAUAAGAGGUUCAGAGACACAAUACAGAAGACCAAGAUGUUUGUUCAGUCUAAGACGCCUUUUAAAGUCAUGGUUUCUGACCAUGAGGUAGAAGUGGACCCAAAGUUCCGUCUGUUCCUGCACACGACAUGUGAGCCGUAUCAGGUACCUCACCGCCUGUCGGCCUAUGCAUCCGUGUUGUUCUUCCAGCAGUCAAGGCCCUGUGUGGAAGAAGAACUGCUGGACCGCUUUAUGAAACAGGAGAAGUCACGACUAGAGGAUGAGAGGACAGCACUUAGACAGGAAAUGGUGACAAACAUGGAGUUCUUGAACAAGAUUGAGCAGCAAAUGUUAGCCAACCUGUCCAAUGAUCUUAGAUUGAUGAAUGACUUGAAUGCCACCAAGAAGUUAGCAGAUCUUAAAAAACAGUUUGAUGAAACUGAAGAAAGCCAGUCCAGGAUCGAAAGCAGUGAGGCAUCCAUUCUGCGUGCGCGUGAGAGUUACCGAGUGAUAGCUAGACGUGGUGCUGUGUGUUUUGACACAGCUCAGUACAUGAGAGAUGUGAACCCUCUCUAUCAAACAGCCUACACCCAGUUCCUGGCCCUGUACGACACAGCCAUUAGUCACUCAGAAAGAGCUGCUGUGAAGGCUGUAGUGGACAGACUCACCCUGGGCUCCUAUCUGAACACAGCUAGAACCCUGUUAGAAAGGGAUCGCUUCCUCUACUCGCUGCUGCUCUGCCUAGAGGUUGAAGACUCUAUUGGACAUGUGAUGGUUGGUGAGCGGGAAUUCAUCAUUUCACCAAACUAUGCCGCUAUGGUGAUGUCAGCACUGGGCAUCGCACAAGGCCCUGACAGCAAGAUCGCUCUAGCAAAGAAACCGUUUGAUUGGAUGACUGAUGAUCAGUUCCACAACCUGCAGAUUCUGGCCAGUCAUUUUGAGUGGUUCCAAGACAUGUUUGAUCGCAUGCCAAAAGACGGCCGCGAGAUGCAGUGGCGUAACCUUUGUGAGAAUGACUCCCCCGAGAAACAACCAUUACCAGACAAGAUGGAUGAACAGUAUCAUCCCUUACAGAGGAUGUGUGUUCUCAGAGCUGUACGAAGUGAUCGCCUCAUGCAUGCCUCUUCACUGUUUGUCAACUCAGUACUUGGCAAAAAAUACCUGGGUGAUGUGGGGAUAGAUUUGGCCAGCCUUCUCCGUCAGAGCAGUCCUACCACACCCAUUUUACUGCUCUUCUCUUCUGGGGGUGAACUGGCACAGAAGUUGUUCACAGACUUUGCCAAUCGUAAACAGAGCAAGACUAUCAUCUACUCUCUCAGCGACAACAGCACUGCUGGGGAAAGGAUGGCUCGCAAAUAUCUACAGAUGGCUGUCUCAGAGGGCUACUGGUUACUGUUACACAAUGCGCACAAUGCCCCCAACCUGCUGAACAACUUGGAGUCUAUCCUGGCAGAGUACCCUGAGGCGGACUCUCAGUUCCGCUGCUGGAUCUCCAGCCAAGCCAAACCUGAGGCUCUCCCAGUACGCCUGCUGCAGAUCGUUGUCAAGACGGUUGUCGACUCACCUAAGCCUGUUAAGGACAACCUGAUCCGUUCUUUCACCUGGAUGGAACCAGACAUUCUGCGCCAGUCAAAUCGCCCUGAGUGGCCAGCAGUUCUACAUAACAUCUGCUACUUACACAGUGCAAUCCGUCACAGGGCCCGCUUUGGUCGUGGAGGAUGGAACAACCCUCAGGACUUCAGCCAUGUGGGCAGCAGCGAGCUACAGGCUGCUCUUAACCUGUGUCUGUUGGAGUUUAAGGAAGCGAUCCCAUGUUACUCCCUGGAGAACACCACUAUGACAAGGAGUACCUCCUGGACUGGUCUGCGCUAUAUGUUGUCUGAGGUGAUAUACGGCAGCUGCGCGACAGACCGGUAUGAUCAACAAACUGUCAGCGCUAUGGUAGACUACUGGUUGUCUCCUAACUCCAUCAAGAAAGACUUUGAGGUGGCCAAAUUGAAGUACAAGACCCCUCAGGCAUUCUUCAGUCCUCAUGCAAGACUGAACUACCUGCUGCAGGCCCUGGAUGGUCUCUCCAGCCACUUACUGGAGACACCAGAGGCCGGCCACCUACACUCCAAUGCAGAGGAUGGUUAUCUUUUGACAUCACUGGGUGAGGACCAGUACAUAUACACCCGUCUGAAUGUGAUCUAUGACAACAUGCCUUCCUCCAAGUCCCUCUCACACAAACUCUUCCCCAGGCCUCCCACACCUUUGUCAGCAUUAAUCAGAUUAACAAAGAUGUCAUUCAUUACAUAUGUUAUUUAUACUGUUGAUGUUGUAUUACUUCAGGAAUACAUUGUGGACAGGGUGAGGAAGAUAGGAGGCUUUACUGCCUUCAACACGUUCAUCAUCCGAGAGCUGGAUACCAUGUACAAACUACUACAGACCAUUAAAAACACACUCCAGGCCAUCAAGAAUGCCACUGAGGAAAGGCUGCUUGGUGAUCAGUGUAGCCCUGAGGUCCUGUCUGCAGCAGAUGACUUGUACCACCUGAAGAUCCCCCUGGCCUGGUGUAGGAUGUCUGGAUCCUCUGCCCCUCCCGUCAACUGGGGACUGGCCCAGUGGCUCACUGAGCUGCAGAGCAGGUGUCACCACUUUGAGAAGAUACUGGUUCUGGGUCGUGAGAAGAUGCCUGCGUAUUGGCUAGGAGCCUUCUUCAACCCCAGGGGUCUGUUAGCUCUGUUGAAACAGGAGGCCAUGGCUCAUCAUGCCAGUGACAGGGGUGCAAACUUUGAGCAGUUUGUCUUCCAGACAGAAAUCACAUCAAGAGACAAAGAUCAUCUGCGUGACCCUCCCCAGGAUGGUAUGUUUGUCUACGGGAUCUACUUCUGGGGGUGUGCCUGGGAGAAGACCACAGGAGAAUUACUGGACCUCCCACCCCGUCAGGGCUGUACCCCACUCCCUGUGGUACACAUCACCUGCUGGCCAGUCAGCGAGAAGCCCUACUUCCAGGAUACAUCGAGGGCUGCAGAAUAUUAUGCCUGCCCCGUUUUCCCAUCACGCAUCAACCAGAGAACACCUAUAUUGGAGAUGGAUGUUCGCAGAGAAUACAUCCCUGCCAGUAGAUGGGCACUAAGAGGCCUGUCUGCCACCAUAAGACCAUACUAGAUAAUCUCCCUUUGACUGCACAGAAAUACAUCUGUUGCAAUAAGUGAGAAUUGCGAGGCAGGACAUCUCCAGUCAGGGCAAUGAUUUGCCUGUCUAUUAUCUGUAGGCCUUAUUGGGUUAUCUCCCUUCAGUCUACAGAAAAACACUUGUGUUAGUUGUGUUUAACAUCAAAUCAGUCAUGUUUGCAGUUCUGGGUUAUCUUCCUAGGAGUUUUAUUAAUAAGCAGCUCCAGGUUAUCUCCCCCAGUCCCCGUGGAGAAUUCCUGUCAAUUGUUGGGCAACAAGUCCGUGUAUUGUCCACUUGCAGCCCUGGUUUAUCUCCCUUGAGUCCGCCUAAAAAAUAUUCCUGUUGAGGAUUGUCCAUGUUCACCAGGUUUUGUGUCUAUGGCUCUGAACAAUGGAUCCUACUAAGUUACAUUCUCCUGAGUCCGUCCAGAUUGAUGCAGAGUGAAAAUUACUUUUGAAUAUAGUAAUUCAUAAUUUCAAACGGUGCAAGGUUCUUGAGACCAAUACACAGAAUUUAGUCUUUGCUAUUUACUGUGUGAUAUUAAAAGGCAGUUUGAUUUUUGGCUGAAAUUAAAUUUGUAUACCAAGGUAUAUUUUUGUGUUUAAAUGUUACGUUUUGUUACAACAGUAUUAUAAGCUCAAUAAUAUUCUAUAAUUAUUGGUUAUAUAGAAUUUAAUGUACAUAUAAGUAUACCAAUAUUUCCUGUUUGCCAAAAUGAUAAAACCAAGAACUGUUAUCCAGUGUUUAAAAUAUUUAUAUUAUUGUUGGUUCAUUAAUCAGUGCUUUUAUUGCAUGUAUAUUUAUAUACAUUGUUUUCAAGUGUUUUGGACUUUUCUGAUUCACCCUUCAGAUUAUUUUAGAUUAAUCAAUCUACAAUAAUAAAAACCAAUUUGAAUA